AUGGUCUUCAGCAAGUUCCCCUCUCUGCCCCAUGCGGCGCUUCACUACACUUCUGCAUUCCUUCGCCGUCCUCUGUUCCGCAUCGUGACAUUCAGUCUUGCACUCCUCGUCUUCUUGUACCUUUUCCUUCCUCCCACCGUCUUCCCAUAUGGCGAAUAUCACCCGGAAGGUCACCAUUUCUUAGACGACUAUUCUCCGCCUCCACGGCACCCUCGCCCGCCGCCGCAUCGCCAUGGACAUGGUGGAGGACCGCACCGCCCACACAAGCACGAUGCUUCUACGGACCUGUGGGCGUCUCGUGCCGCGGAGGUCAAGGGUGCGUUCGUUGAUGCGUACACCGCUUACAAGGAACAUGCCUCCGGGCAUGACGAGCUGCUGCCGCUCACCAACGCGCCCGUGGAUAAUUUCAAUGGGUGGGGUCUGACCGUCGUCGAGUCUCUCGACACGAUGUGGUUGAUGGGUCUUUAUGACGAAUUUGAUGAGGCUCUCUCUGUCGUCGCCAAUACAUCUUUCGCGCUCCAGCCUGACAAAUAUGCACCGUUUUUCGAAACGGUCAUCCGGUACCUCGGCGGGCUGCUCUCAGCGUAUGCGCUCUCCGACGACCCGAUCUUCCUCGCCCGCGCAGACGAGCUCGGCACAAUGCUCCUCCCCGCGUUCAACACCCCGUCGGGCAUGCCAAUGUAUGCCGUCAAUACCGUCACCUCUUCUCUGAAGGUAGAACAUCUCAUGGAGAUCAUGUAUAAGACAAACACGUCCGCUACGCAUGGUCUCUUCCCGACCAAAUGGGACACGCACGACGGCACGCCCAGAAAUCAGCAACUGUCUGUGGGAGCGUUCGCCGACAGUGCCUAUGAGUACAUGCUGAAGCAAUACCUCCUCACCGGCCGCACGGACAUCAAAGCCCGAGACCUCUACAUCAACUCUGCCAACGCCAUCAUUUCGACGCUCAUAUACCUCGACCCUACGCGCGGGCUGCUCUACGUGACCGACACCGACGGCAGCGAGGCGACGCCCUCGCACACCUUCGAGCACCUCUCCUGCUUCCUCCCCGGCGUCCUCGCGCUCGGCGCCCACACCCUCCCGCUCGCGCGCGCGGACCGCGAGCGUCACUUGCGUGCUACGUGCUCUACGCGGACGCCGCGACGGGGCUCGCGCCGGACGAGGUGCUCGUCGCGCACGGCGGCGCGACGCACGCGGGGCGGUGGGCCGACCCGCUUGCGGGAGUGGGAGGACGCGGGGCGCCCGGGCGGGGUGCCGCCUGGCGUGGGCGCGGUGAAGCCGGCGGGGGAGCGCGAGGCGGGGGGUGCGGGCGCGCGGGGAUACGGCGCGCGUGCGGGUAAGGCGGGGUGGCUGCUCCGCCCGGAGGCGGUGGAGAGCUUUUAUGUGAUGUGGCGGGUCACUGGGGAGCGGAAGUGGAGGGAGCGCGGGUGGGAGGUGUUCGAGGCGGUGCAGAGAGAGGCGAAGGUGCGUGGGGACGCGGGAAGUGGGUAUGCGAGCUUGAAGGAUGUGUACGAAGUUGGGGCGGAGAGGAAGGACGAGAUGCCGAGCUAUUUCCUCGCGGAGACGCUAAAAUACCUGUAUCUCCUCUUCACCAACGAGGAGCUCGUGCCACUCGAUCAGUGGGUCUUUAACACAGAGGCGCACCCGCUUCCCGUGUUCCAGUGGUCAGAGUGGGAGAAGGCACGGUACGGCAUCGUGUCAUGACUUCCGAGUACAAGUUUUCGGUUGCACCUAGGAAUUCACCAGGUGCCCUCUUGCCCGCCCUUCGAAAGUACGAGGAAGUGUUCUGUACUCUCAUGUAACCUAUGGUUUUGCGGAUGUCGCACAAAUGCGGGGAUAGGCUGUGUGCUCGCGCUCGCGGUGUGUUCUGGCAAUAGGCAUGUCACCACCAGGCUCUGGACGUUAUUUAUUUCAAAGGCAUGUUGAAUG